CAAAUAUCUUUCUCUUUGAUUACUUGAUCUAAACAUUGUUUCUACAUAUAUAUGUAGUUUAUUAUGUUUUAAAAAUCUCAUAAAAUCGGUGAAUUAAUGGAAAACGCAAUUACACUGCAUAUUAAUAAACAUUUCAUUGAAAGUGUUUGCAAUUUGAAAAUUUUAUACAUUUGAAAGUAGAUAAACGAAACUUUCUUUUUUGUAUAUGUGAAUAUUCGAUUACAACAUCGCAUUACGUAUGUUUAACUCAGUUUAUGGGAGUGAAGCCAGGUGUAAACAAAGUAGCGCCGGCAUCGUAUAUUGAAUGUUCUAGAUGUCGACGCGCAAUACGCGUGAUCAUGAUAUUUUGGCAUUGAAUAUUACAAGAUGGAACGUCUAUCUCAUGACUUAAACCUGGCGCUAGAAGAAAGUAACUGCGGCAGGCAGGAGCGUAGGAAGCUAGGGUUCCGGAGACGCACCAGGUCUGCGGGGAAUCUGCCUGCCGCAGUAACAGUGAGCCUGGUUGAUGAUGGCAGCUCCAGCAGCCCCCCACAAGCACCUCUCAUCACCCAACCAUUGUCUGACUCUGAUGAACCUCAUGUCAACAUCCACACAUCAACGAUUAAGACUCGACACUACUGUCAAAUUGGCAAUUUCGAGUCUGAUUCAUUCAAUGAAAACUUCUCCCCCACUCGACCGGCGAAUACAAGGAGAAAACGGAAAUUUAAGAAGAUGCCUGUGGACUAUUCCGAUGGGAAGCACUCACCACCCAUUGAAAUAUUGAGCGUCAGUGCGGAACCAAAUGCCUUGCCAGCUACAAUAACACACCAUGCACCGCGGCUCUCUCCUCUUAUACAUGUUUCUAAACAUAAGCAAGAGAGAAAUGCAUUUUGUGGUAAACGAAAAUGGUCGCACAGGGACAAAGGUGACUCUUGCGAGAUGAGGGAACGAUCAUUCAGCGGCGGCUGCUCUUCGAAAUCUGUGUUUUUCAAAAACGAUUUCAAAUCAAGAAAACAUGAUAGUGAAAAAAAACGAAAAGAGUCUCUUUUACAGCCUGGGAAGAUCAUCCUCAAAUCGCAAAAUCCAGAUGGAGUUAAACCUUCGGGUUUUAUGAAUACUCCAUCUCUGCCAGGCAGUUCGAGUUUCAACUUUGUGUACAAAAACUCUAAAAACGGCACACCUACUUUAUCAAAAGUCACUGGCUAUAAAAUAACCACUGAUUUGCCACCAUCCUUCAAUCCAUCAUGCAGUAGUAGCCAUGGGAAAAACAACAGAAAAAUUAAAGUUCUAAAUAAGUCAUAUCCACAGAGUUCACUACGGAACCCUUUGAAUUUUGAUGAUAAUAAUGCAGGCAUGGAUUGUGGGAACGAAAGUAGCUCUCUCAGUAGCAGCGAUUCAGAUGGAGGUGAGCAUAAUGAAACUGACGGAGAAGGUGACGAUGAACUCACAGAUUGGCCUGGAAUAGAAGAACUGAAGGUUUUCAACAAGAGCCUCACAUUUAAAUCUUCCAAAUCGGUUAACAAUAAUUUUACUAAAUCUAUAAGUAACAUGCCUCCACCCAAGAGAUUAAAGAAAGAGUGCGGACAUACACAAAAUUUCUGGGCGGGGUCCAAGAACAGGUUUAAAAAAAAGCGCGCGAAAGUAGACUUGGGAAACGAUGAUGACGCUAUGAUGUCCGAUUCGCGAACUAUUGUCGACGUCGAUGACGAUUCAAGAGACCCAAAAGAGGUUUUACCCCAUUCCUCCUUCACGACUUUUAGCGAUCUAAAAAAUGCCGGUCCAUCCGCCGCGAACACGGACGAAACGUUUUUUCAUUCAUUUCAAGCGUUUCAAGAGAAGGCUGAGGGCAAAGAUGGGUUCGUUACGACACCGCGAACGAAUUUCUCACUUCAGAAAACGUCGUCGAGUGAUCUCAACUUGAGCGAGAAGUCGCCGCAGAGCGAUCAUUGUUACAGUGAACAUUCUAUGGGCAACACUGCAGUGACGGAAGUGAGGGAAAUACGGGCUGGAUGCAGGCGAAUAAGGGAAGAAAGACCGGGUUUCUUGAUACUCAGUGCGGCUAAUGAGCAAUUGUCCAGAUUCCUGCAGGACUCCUGCCAGACUGAACUGAAAUUGCCUAGCCUACAGGAUCCGGAAGAGAAAGAAAAGUUGGAAUCGCUCGCGAAACUUUACUCAUUGGAGAUGCAGGUGGAUUUGGGAAGACCGGUAUUGAGAAAGACUAGUAACACAAUGCAAGCUGUCCGUGUAGAGAACUCGUACUACAAUUUUCCCUCGGACCACAAAAGACGUUGCUACGGCGAAGAGGCGGACUCCAGCCUCAGCCUGAGUGAUCCCAACUCGGUCAGUUCGAUCAAUGACCUGGAACAAGACUUCGACAAAAACUGUGAUACACUCAAGAAAAACGAUAAAAGCAUUCACAUAAGCGAUAUCAAUGAUGCUUUGAUUGAUAAGACCUUAUUGCAUCAUCCGGGGGAUUUGGAUUAAUCUUUUUCUAAGUGAAAUGGUCUAACACUUAUUACUGGAGGAGAGAAAACAUGGUAGUAAGUGAUAAGGUUGAACUCCUAGUUCCAAAGCAAUGAUACAUAUAAAAAAUAAUAUACUUGUACACACAAUAUCUCUAAAAUGUUUUUCAUAACCCUGAAUGAUAACUGUAGAAGGUGAUCUAAUCUGUACUAUACUAAUAUUAUAAAGCUGAAGAAUUUGUUUGUUUUUUUAUUUGAACGCAUAAAUCUCAGGAACUAUUGGUCCGAUUGGAAAAUUUAUUUCAGUGUUAGACAGCCUAUUUAUUGCGUAAGGCUAUAUAUCUACCACGGGCGAAGCCGGGGCGGACCGCUAGUUAGUUAUAAAGUUGUGGAUUGCCGUUGUCAACAAAACAUUGUUGAUUGUCUUACAUGUUAUGUUUAGCCAAAUGACUAAAAGCUAAUUCGCUUUACAUCAGUAGCGAGACAAAUUAUAUGGUCUAUGGGAAUAUUUUGAGGCUACAAAAUAGUUUAGUUAAACUAUUGCUUGAUAUACCAAUAGAACUUUAUUGUGUAAGGAAAUAUUUGCAGAUAUAUGACUCCAUUGACUUAUAUAAAAAAUAAUGUUUUAUAAAUAAAUAUUUCUUGUUAAAAUAAAUGGUGUUAUAAAUGUUACACUUUUGAUAUUUAUCAUGAAAGUUAAAUAUACAAUUUUCCCUACGGUUAAUUGAUUUUGGACGUUAUUUUAAUGACGCAAAUGUCAAAAUCCAAUUAUCCGUAGGCAAAUCGUCAUUCUUAAAAUGUUACAUACAGUGUAGGUAUCGUUGAAGAAAUACAAUGUAAAUAAGAUGUAUUUCAUUAAUUUGAUUCUUUUCAAUUAGAAAAAGUAGUCACUGUUUGUUAUUGGUCGGACCAUGGUUUAAUAAUCCAUGUUUACGAUGUUUUAACUCUCUGUGUUGAUAAUAAGUAAAUAAAUCGAUUUAGAAUGCGAAAAUUUUCGAAUAGUACAUUCAAGGUUGUCUCUUCUAACAGCAAAGCAUUAGAAUGAUCAAUCGUUUUGAGUGGGGAAAAAUCAUUUAUAUGGCCACUUUAAAAUUUCAUUGGUUUAGAAGAUUUGAUAAAAUUGAUCUCGAAUUUGGACGUAGGAAAAUUAGAUUUUCAAAUCUUGAAGCGUAACAUAAUAUGUAAAAACUAAACAUAUGUGUCUUAUUAUGUUUAAUUUUAUUAUGUGUAAGGUAUAAAGUAGCAUACGAAUGGUUUUAUUUAAAACAUAUCUUAGUUUAUUCAUUAAUUUGUAUAUUAACAAAUUUAAACAAUAACUUAACGUUAAUUUAAUAAGAUAAACGUUUGUUAAUCAUAGAUAUUACAAAUCAGUAAUGUUAUAGUUAUUCUUCCGUUUCCCAUUAAUUUAGACAAAACUACGAACAAAGUUAAGAUUCUAUUAAUGUACGGCAGAUAAAAAAAAGAUAACUUUAUAAUAAAUUUUGUUAAUUAAUUUCAAACGUUUUAACUUUUGUUUAGGGACCAAGUUUCUUUUCAUUAUUUUUUUUUUAUUUUAACAAUAACACAUACUAAAAAUUAAUCCAGCUAUUAAAAUGUUUAACAAAGGAAUAUGUUAGUUCAUAAGAUAUAAUGAUCUAUCAAAUUUUGAUCAUUAUUCUAUAGGAAAGAUUAUUUGAAAUAGACGAUUUGACGUAAUAGCGGAAAAAAACUUAUUUCAUCAUAAUUUCUAAGGUGAGCCCUUAACGAAAGUCGUUGAAAGAUGAAACCUAUUAUUUGUAAUUUUUUAGUUUACUCAACUCAUUUUUGGUAUUUUUAAGUUCCUUUAGAUUUGUGAUCUCUGCAUAUGAUUGUGCAUUAUACAGAUGAUAUUCAUUGUAUGGAAUGAAAUAAACAAACUAGAUUCGGCAUCACUAAAGCAACAUUCAUAUGCGCGGACAUAAUGUAUUGUAAAAUACUGCCAUAUCUUUCGAAUGCAUUGUAAAUAGUUAUGUACCUGUAUUUUACUGAAUUCACCAAUAAUAUUUGAUACUGUUGAGCAAUUGUAAAAUUUAAACCUAUACGUACGAGUUUAGAUCGUUAGUUUUCUCUGUGAAUAUAUUAUAAUGGUUGUAUUGAUUGAAUAAACAAAAAUAAUUAUACUUUUUUAAAAAGU